AAAUAUUACUAUUAUAUUAUUAUACUAUAAGAAAAGAACAAAACACAGAGCCAACCGUACAACUACCUACAGCUCUCUGCUAUAUAUGCGCCAACUGGCCUCUCUCACCUCACUUUCUCUCUCUAAAUCGCUAUCCUCACCAGCAUCUGUACAUUCCCUUUUCUCCAAAUUAUCAUUUGUCACGCAAAGAAGGCAAGCUCAAUUCAAUUGAUUUUUUUUUUUUUUUUUUUNGCUCGUCGCUUUCGUUUAUGGCUGGGGGUGGAAGCUCCGACGCCGGUCCGUCACCGGAGACCGGGUUGGGGGACUUGCCGGAGAGCUGCGUGGCCUCGGUGCUGGUGUACCUGGACCCGCCGCAGAUCUGCCGGAUGGCGAUGUUGAACCGGGCUUUUAGAGGGGCAUCGUCGGCGGAUUUCGUGUGGGAGUCCAAGCUGCCGUUGAAUUAUGGAGAUGUUAUUGAUAAGGUGUUUGAGAAGGAUGAUGGAUUUUGUAAAGGGCUGUGCAAAAAGGAUAUUUAUUCCAGGCUAUGUAGGCCCAAUCCUUUAGAUGGUGGCACAAAGAAAGUGUGGUUGGAUAAGAGCACCGGCAAGACUUGUACAUUGGUAUCAUCGAGUGGAUUGGCAAUAACAGGGAUAGAUGACAGGAGAUAUUGGAGCCGAAUCCCCAUGGAAGGAUCAAGAGACUAUCUUCGACCCUCUACUCUGUACUAUCUUCUAAGAAAUGUGGCAUAUCUCCAGCAAACAUGGUGGUUCGAGGUAAAUGGCGAGAUCGAUUUCCCGUUUCCCACAGGCUCGUACAGUCUGUUUUUCAGACUUCAGCUGGGCCGUACGCACAAGAGGUUUGGCCGGAUUGUGUGUAACUCAGAGCACGUGCAUGGCUGGGAAAGGAAGCCUGUCCGUUUUCAGCUCUCGACUAUGGACGGCCAACAGGCUACGAAACAGUGUUACUUGAACUUGAAGGAAGCCGGGAGGUGGAAUCACUAUCAUGCUGGGGAUUUUACUGUGGGUAAAAACUGCAGGUCGAUGAGGGUCAAGUUUUCGAUGACCCAGAUUGACUGCACGCACACGAAAGGCGGUCUUUGUGUAGAUUCAGUGUUGAUAUGUCCGGCCGAGCAUAGGGAGAGGUUACAGCUUUUUUAA